AUGAAGGUCCAGCGGCCUUGUCCGUGGGCAUGCAAGGAGAAAGUUCAGCAGGACGUCACGUGCAAGGUCGCCUGUCGACGUCGAAUUCAUGGCAGAUUUGCAGAGGAGAUUAUCUCUGCUGCUGCUCGUGGUGGUCGUCUUCCUCUUUGUCGUCUUCCUCCACGUGUGCUUGUCGUGCCGGCCGUGGAAGCAACGUCGAAAGCGCAGGGCGUCGACGAAACACGCUGUGCUUCAAGAGGAACGUCCCAUGGCGGGCAUGAAGGCACACGCUAUUCUGCCUGCAGCUGAGGGCAGAAGAAGACCUGCGACGACGGAGCCUUCACGGCGGUACGACCCGUCCAUGUACAGCCAUCUGCCGUCGUGGGAGACGCCGCUGCCUCCCUCGGACGAGGAGCCGGAGGGGGAUGAACUUCCAACGUUUCCUCUCGCCAGCGGGUCGAUGCAGCUGUUGUCGCAGACGGUGCUCGUAGGCGGGUCGGCGAGCAACGAACGAGGCGAGUACACGUCACUCCUGCAGCAAGGGUUGGGACACGACGACAACGGGGGAGUUGAUCUCCGGUUCGGCUUGAGUUCAGGUGGUGCCAGGGAGGCGAGCCGCACGGUCAUCACCGCCGCCCAUGCUUCCGCACGUGGCCUGCAGCAGCCUCGAAGGGAGCAGAUAGGACCUUCCACAGUAUGUGGCGGCGCGUCCGUCGUUGGCGGUGCCGGGUCUUCGCCAGCAACCCGGCAGCAUGUAUCAGGUGCGCUGUCCGGGGAACGAUUGACUGAUAACUGGGACGUGCGCACUGCUGCCGCAGCAACGUCCUUGCGCACCAGCGGUGCACGCUCGUCAAUGCUGAACCGAACAACGGCUGCGCCACCCGAAGGGAGGGACGAGGGCGCCUGCAGACCACCGGCGGGUUCAGGAGCCAGUGUGGAGAACAUCACUCGAGGCGUGUCAAACAUGCGGGCACACAACGAUGACGGCGAUGACGAUGGCUGUGGCGGUGACGAUGCCGACGACGGAUUCAGGGAGGAAGUCGAAGCGGGGGACGACGACGACAACAAUGCUGUUCGGCCUGUGGUGAAGACGGGUGGUAGGGGUAUUGGACGCAGCAACCGUGGUGGCCGUGGUCGAUCCGUUGGCCGUGGCGACAAGGGUGGCGUCACUGAUGACGGAGGGAAGUCUGCGACGUACUGGUCAACGGACGAGCAGAUGCUCCUCGUCAGAUGCAAGCGGGAGCAGGAGAUGCACCUCGCUGGGCUGGGCCACAAUUACGGCCGGAUGCGGACGAAGGAGUGGAAGUGGCCCAAGUGGGUCGACAUUGCGAAGCGCAUGGCGAACGGUGGGAGCCCUAAAGACGCAGACGACUCUAUGAAGAAAUGGGACAAUUUGUUCCAAAACUACAAGAAGAUACAGAGGUUUCAGAACGCGAGCGGGCGGCCAGAUUUCUUCAAGUUGUCCAACGACGAAAGGAAGGAGCACAACUUCAAGUUCCGGAUGGAGAGGGUGCUGUACAACGAGAUCCACUCCGGCAUGUUGGGAAACCAUACUAUUUUCCCUCCCAACAUCGCCGACACCGGCAGUCCGGACGGGGUGCAGCUGCCCAGGAGAGGAGCGGGUGGUGGGGAGUCUGUUGAUAGCGAGGGCGGUGGUGACGGCUGCCCUGAAGAAAGAUCUUCUGCAAGGGAUUCCGACGUGAACGCUUGCAGUGUUGCCGGAGGCGGGAAGCGUAAGAAUGCGCGCCAACAGGCGCUGGAGUCCAUCGCUGAUGUCAUGGACCGCCAUGGGAAACUGAUGUCGUCGACGAUUGAAUCGUCCAGCAAACGGCAAUGCAGCAUUUCAUCGAGGCAGUGCGACAUACAAGAACGGCAGUGCGACAUACUCGCGCAGGAAGUAGCGGUCCUAAAAGCGCACUAUGCGGCCUUCUCACCGCGGAGCAAUCUCACCGCGGUACGUCGCCCUUCUCGCCGUAAAGCUUCUCGCCGUAAAGCUUCUCGCCGCGGAGCAAUCUCGCCACGCUACGUCGCCCUUCUCGCCGUAAAGCUUCUCGCCGURAAGCUUCUCGCCGUGAAGCUUCUCGCCGCCGUUCCCGCCCUUCCCACCGUAAAUCUUCUCGCCGUAAAGCGUCGCCGAAGGAAGCACAUCGCUGGGAGAUACAAACGGUGGUCGGCGAAGCGCUUCCAAGUGUUGAAAGGAGGGGCAAAAGGUUGUCACCACAGAUCCGCGGCCAGCAUGCCGACGAGAGGGACCGCCCGUGGCACGAAGCGCGAUGCCGCAGCCGCCGUCGGGCUUGCGCAGGCGAAAGGUCGGUGCCAUAUCCCGAAAUCGAAGAAGGUGCGCUCCGGUGAAGCGUCAGGAAACGUGCCUGCUCGUGGUUCCGAAGGUUGGGCGGCCGCAGCGGAAAUGGAUUCUGACGACGACUUCGGGAUGGAGGAACCGCAAGCGGAGGCGACAGCAUCGGCGCAGGCGCGUGGCCGCGAUGCAAGGAGAGACAAGGCUGCCGUCGUCGUGGCGGAAGGCGAUGAUGACGAGACGUUGGAAAGACGUCGCCAGCGCAAUCUUGCACAAGAUUCCGUAGCCCCGUUGAUGACUACACGCCUCCCGGAAAAGGAAGUCGUGCCAGAGCGACACGCAAUCGAGGGCGAGGCGGCAGGUGCUGCGGGCUGGACCGCCACAGUGAACUCGGCCCCCGUGGCGACGGCGAGAGAGGAGGCAGCAGCUGCGGCGACGGCGAGAGAGGACGCGCGUGGCGAGAAGACAACCGAUCGGGAGGGCGGCGAUGUUGGUCCGAUGUUCUGGACGACGGGGGAGGGGCGGAGAUUGUACAACAUCAUCCACAAGACUCAGGAAUACUUCGUCGCCAUCGCCAGCGGCCUUCCAACGACUGUCGUCUCUCGCAGCGUCAUCCUGUCGAAGUCGAGCACCAGGGUAACCAGGAUCUCCGACCCAUCGCAGCUGCAGCAAGCGAUCUCCCGUGCGGCGAAAGUGGCGAACGUGGCUUUGCGCGUCCUGCACGGCUGGGUUUUCAAGUCCGACAACCGCGCAAGGGGGUACAACCUGGCUUACCAGUAUGCACUGGAGUCCGUAGAGACGGACAUCGCGCGUGCUAUGUGGUACGCCGAGGACUGGUCCAACGUCGUCAGCGCGCCCAUCUGCGGCCACACGAUAGAUCUCAACAUGGACUUGCCACUGUGGUUCGCCGGCACCCAUAUCGACGACAGACCCGACGACGACGACAUGGCGGCGUACCAGGAGUCGACCAUCAUCUGCAUCGCCCAAGCAUUCCGCGCGGCGGUGCAGAUGGGAGCGUACAUUGACGACGAUUUCAUCUCCUACGACCGUCUUUGUCGGGUGGCUGACUGCUUCAGACUUCUGUUGGCGGCGGCAAUGUGGAUAAUGCGCAUGGCGGGAGACGACUUCCGCAGCCACUAUGAGGCGUUCUACUCCGUCAACUUGCUGGCCAGGCCUACAUUGGUCACGUCCAUGCAUCGCUCCUUCGACCAUAGACGAUCCGUCGUCCGCGCCGCGAAAGCCGUCACCGAGAGGCUUGGGAAGGCGAACCCCACGUUUGGCGAGCACCCCAACUACAUCCCUCAAUGGGCACCCUGCGGCAUUACUUUCGGCCACGACGCCAGUGUAACGGGUCCGGAGGAUUGCAAGAGGCUUGAUUGGUUGGGUUCGGGCCCCCUUAAUGACGACGGCGACGACGACAAGAAAUAAGGCGCGUAGGGGGUGGGCGGCGGUUGUUAUAGUCCUCGAACAUGUCCACGCGGCACAUCGACGUGAGGGGCUUCACCUCG